AUGACGAGUGACAUUGCGCCAGAUACUCUGAAGAGGAAGGAAACUGAAUGUAAUCACGAGGCUGAAAAGGGGCUGAAUUUGAGCUCAUCCUCAUUCCCACCAUCCCCCACCCCACAGUACCCACACCCCCUACCCGACAUCCCACACUCCCAUACCUUACCCCACCACACUCACACCACGUCCCAUUGCACAUUCUACCCUCACACUACAUCCUACAUCCUACAACCUUCUAUACCUUACCCACCCCACAUAUUGCACAACAACCUAACCGCCCGCCCCCACCCUAAUCCCCACACCACACCCCAAACCCACACCACCCCCCACUGCCCAAUCCCCACACCCCAAGAACCCUCUCCAUCCCACACUGACACACCCAACCCCACAUCCCAUCCCACCACCAACGUGCCUUCGAACCCCACAUUCCCUCACCCCGCCCAUACACCAUCCCCAUCCCACAUCACACCCCAACACCCUACGUCCACCCACACUCCAACCCACCCACACCCCACUCCACCCCACAUAACAUCCCCAUCCCAAAGCACUUUACAGCCACCUCCAACCCCAAACCAUAGCCCACACCCCACCCCGGGAGAGCAACGAGAGUUUAGCGUCAAGUUGUCUAUGAAGUUCUUUCCCAAAUGA